AUGGUCCGCCACAAGAAAGACAACUUUGCACGCGGAGGCAAGAAAUUCUCCAAUCCCCGCCCACGCCCAGUACCCCGCGAUGAAGACGACUCCGGCUCCUCGAGGCCUCCCUUCAAGGCCGCUUGCUGGGAUCUCGGUCAUUGCGACCCGAAGCGAUGCUCAGGAAAGAGGUUGAUGCAGUUCGGUAUGAUGCGGGAAUUGGCGAUAGGACAGAAGUUCCAGGGUGUUGUUGUUUCGCCCAAUGCGAAGAAAGUCGUUUCUCCGGCCGAUAAAGAUUUACUCGAACAGUUCGGUGCCGCGGUGGUGGAAUGUUCCUGGGUAAGGGUGAAAGAAGUACCCUGGUCACGGAUCGGUGGAAAAUGCGAACGACUCUUACCCUACCUCAUUGCAGCAAACACCGUUAACUACGGCAAACCCUGGCGAUUGAAUUGUGUUGAAGCUCUAGCAGCUUGCUUCUGCAUCUGCGGACACGAAGACUGGGCUCGUGAGGUUUUAAAACACUUCCGAUACGGUGAAGCUUUCUUAGAGAUCAAUUCACAACUUUUGAAGCGAUAUGCAGCCUGCGAGACAGAAGAGGAUGUGAAACGGACAGAAGAAGAGUGGCUGGCUAAGAUCGAGAAGGAGUACGAGGAGAGCAGAGAGGGCGGCGCGGACGACAUGUGGACCGUUGGAAAUACGAAUCGACGAACCCUGCCAGACUCGGACGACGAAGAGAAUAGCGGCAGCGAAGGAAGCCAAAAAGAUGAAGAGGAAGAGGGGGAAGAAGAUAAAGACCCAUACGCUAUUUCCGACGACUCGGAAGACGAAGCUGAAAUGGCUGCCAUUCGUGCCAAAAUCCUCAAUUCAAAAUCUUUCCAGAAUCCCUCAUCCUCCGAUAAACCACAGCCGGAGAAGAUCGAGCGACCAGAUCCCGGGUCACUGGAGGAUUCCGAUGCAGAGUCUGGUUCGGCAGGUGAGAGUGAUGAUGAGGCUUUUGAUAACAUCAUUAACGCGACUCCUGUCACGGACCGAACGGGGAUCAUAGCUGCGUCGAGGAACAAAGGGAAAGAGACGUUUAGUGCCUCGUUUUCAAGAACAGUUGUUAAUGCGCCAAAAAGAUGGUAA